UAAAUACAACGGAGGCUCUUGUUUUUUCUGUUUCCGGUCUGGGGCUCAGCUAGCUUCACAGAGUCCCAUCAUCUCGGGGGUCGAUCAGAGGAGUCCAGAGGGGCGGAUCCUCCUCCUGGGGGCAGAAACGGCAUGGAUGCCCUAAAGAAGGGUCAUAAGAUGAGCCUGAGCUCAGGAAAAGUGGUGGCUCUGGCAGCCGGGUUCUCUGUUGGACUCACCGUGGGUUACAUCUUGUACCGCCGCAUCAGCAGCAACCCGGGUGAAGAAACGGACACGGAAGAACAUAAAAUGACCCUGCCUGGAGAAAUCUACAGAAACAUCUCCAGGUCUCAGACUGCAUUUCUAGAAAUGGUGAACCACAAGAGCGGAGCCCGCGUGAGCGUCCUGUCCGAAUCCGGAGAGCCUGGAAGCGAGGCGGGAGUGUGUUUCCUGCUCCAAGGCUCGAAGGAGCAGGUCCUGCUGGCCCACUGUGUCCUGAAGAAUUUAAUCAGCGACUAUGAACCCGCCUCAGAGGUUCUGGAGGUUCCUCAGGUCUCUUUUGGCCGCAUCAUAGGGCGUGGUGGUGAAAGCCUGAAGCUGAUCACCAGGACCACAGGAGCCAAAGUGACCUGUUCCAAAGAGAAAACGCCCACCCCAGGGGCAAAAGGCUGUGUGACCAUCACAGGCACCAGGCAGGAGGUGAAGCACGCCAAGGACUUGAUUCUGGAUAAAGUCAGACAAGACACUUUGGUGAGGUCUAAGAUCUCACAGUCAUCCGCUCUGCGCCAGAAACGUCAUGGAAGUCAAAAGCCGGACCCUGCAGCGCCGGAGGCCCCCCUGGGUUUGAACAACAACGGCCCUGUUUUCCAGCCGGAGAAGACCUUACCUCUUCAUGAUUGUAGGGACACGCAAGAACCAGAGGAGCAGAAAGUCACAGACGGUGAGGUGGAGAGUCUCUCCACCGAGUCUCUUAAUGAAAUAUCCACCUUUGAAAUUCCCAGCCCAGACCUUAGCUUCCAGCCGGAUGAACACCUGGAGGUUUUUGUUUCUGCAUCGGAGAACCCAAACCACUUCUGGAUCCAGAUCCUGGGGGUUCGCUCCUUCCAGCUGGACAAGCUGACCGAGGAGAUGAGCCGCUUCUACAGCAGUGCUAACCCCACGGAGCAGAAGGUGGAGACUGUUCUGGUGGGCGACAUUGUGGCGGCGCCGUACCGAGACCACUCAACGUGGAACAGAGCCAGAGUGCUGGGAGUCCUGGGUUCUGGACUGGUGGACCUCUACUAUGUAGACUUCGGGGACAACGCAGAGCUGCCCAGAGACCGGCUGCGCCGCAUGAGGAGCGACUUCCUCAGCUUACCGUUCCAAGCUAUUGAGUGUACCUUAGCAGGAGUGAAGCCAAAAGGGGAGGUGUGGACUGAGGAGGCUCUGGACGUCUUUGAACAGCUGACACACUGUGCCUCCUGGAGGCCCCUGCAGGCCAAACUCUGCAGUUAUUCCCACUCUGAGAUCUCCUCCUGGCCCAGUGUUAAGCUCUACGACAGCAGGGAUGGACAAGCUUUGGACGUCGGUGAGGAGCUGAUACGUCUGGGUCAUGCAGUCGGCCACCAGGAGGUGCUGAACACCAGUGCUGAAGGGGGCAACCGUGGCUCUUUGCAGCAGAUGUUGGAUGACGUCAUCGGAGCCUCGUCGGAGCUCAGCAUGUCUUGCAUUAGUUUAUCAGAAGCUGCCUCAAACUCAGGAAGUGUUGAUGUUCUAGACGAUGAGCUGCUUUACGACCAAACCGACAAAUAAUGGGGAGAGGGGAAAAAUACAUCAAUCAACUGUGCUGUCAUUCCAGACUGGAUGAAGGCGUUUCCCUGUCUCUACGCCUGAACCCUCACAUGGAACCAACCGCACCUACCUGAUGAAUGCCCCACCGUUCUUCCAGCCGCCUUCCUUUUUGAGUUAUGCCUUUCUCCCUGUUGAAAAUGCAAAAGCAUACGUUUUUUGUUGCGUUAAGUUUUGAGGGAAGACUAAAGGCUCGGAUUUUCGGAAGUCAUAGCGGCAAGAAUGCAAAUGUUUUGGUUUUUUUUCCUGCUGAAUAGACAAUGUUCUGAGCUGUUAUUUUUGUGAUAAUAUAUUAUAAAGAAUAUAAUAUUUAUGAAUGUGGUCGACAGAUUGUCAUCAAUAUGAAAAAAGCAGCGUUUACUGAACCGCUCGAAGAGAAGACAAAUCUUUCCAUAAAGUGUAAGAAGAAACGUGUACAUGAAAAUAAAUAGUUUAUUUAUUUCCAGUGC